CCUGGGUUUAGGCUUAGGCUCCACAGUCCAGGACCCAGCCAGUUCUUUUUCUAGUCUGACUGGCUGGAAAUUCCCCCGCCUGACCCCGCCCCUGAGAAAUCCCCUGCCAGCGUUUAUAGGGCGCCGCGGCGGCGCUGGCGAGCCUACAACAGUCGGAACUCGCAGCCCAGCAGCCAGCAGCUUGCAGCCCCGCGCAGCCCCGCACGCAGCCCCGCGCAGCCAUGUUUCAGCCGGUCGGCCAAGGCCAGGACUGGGCCAUGGAGGGCCCGCGGGACGGCCUCAAGAAAGAGCGGCUGGUGGACGAUCGCCACGACAGCGGCCUGGACUCCAUGAAGGACGAGGAGUACGAGCAGAUGGUGAAGGAGCUGCGCGAGAUCCGCCUGCAGCCGCAGGAGGCGCAGCUGGCCGCCGAGCCCUGGAAGCAGCAGCUCACGGAGGACGGAGACUCGUUCCUGCACUUGGCAAUCAUCCAUGAAGAGAAGACUCUGACCAUGGAAGUGAUUCGGCAGGUGAAGGGAGACCUCGCCUUCCUCAACUUCCAGAACAACCUGCUGCAGACUCCACUUCACUUGGCUGUGAUCACCAACCAGCCAGGAAUUGCUGAGGCACUUUUGGAAGCUGGCUGUGAUCCUGAGCUCCGAGACUUUCGAGGAAAUACCCCUCUACAUCUUGCCUGUGAGCAGGGCUGCCUGGCCAGUGUAGGAGUCCUAACGCAGACUUGCACACCCCAGCAUCUCCACUCCAUCCUGCAGGCCACCAACUACAACGGCCACACGUGUCUGCACCUAGCCUCCAUCCAUGGCUACCUGGGCAUCGUGGAGCAUCUGGUGUCUUUGGGUGCGGAUGUCAACGCGCAGGAGCCCUGCAAUGGCCGGACAGCCCUCCACCUUGCGGUGGACUUGCAGAAUCCUGACCUGGUCUCGCUCUUGCUCAAGUGUGGCGCUGAUGUCAACAGAGUCACCUACCAAGGUUACUCCCCCUAUCAGCUCACCUGGGGCCGCCCGAGCACCCGGAUACAGCAGCAGCUGGGCCAGCUGACCCUGGAAAACCUUCAGAUGCUGCCGGAGAGCGAGGAUGAGGAUUGCUACGACACAGAGUCCGAGUUCACGGAGGAUGAGCUGCCCUAUGACGACUGUGUGUUUGGAGGCCAGCGUCUGACGUUGUGAGUGCAAAGAGUCAGAGAACAUGGACUUGUAUAUUUGUACAAAACAAGAGCUUUUAUUUUUCUAAAAAGAAAGAAAAGGAAAAAAAAAAGGGUAUCCUUACCAGCACACGGUCUCGCCCCGAGCAUCCCCCUGCGGUGAUUUCAGCCUUCGUUUUGUUGUUUCUGUGAAAUUUGGGGAAACAGAUCAUCGGAAUUCAAAGAAAAUGUCUUUUGAAGUUGAUGUUUGUGGGGUUUGGGGAGGUGGUUUUCCAGACGCUAAUGAAAGGACCACAGUUUAUUUAUUGUGCUUUUGAUUGGACCGACCUAGAUCUAGUAGCUGACCCCAGUGUGUCCUCCCAUGUGAGAACCAGGUGUUCAGUGGUGUGUGCUUACGUCACUCCGGCUGAGGUGUGUGUUACCCUCCUGUAAAUGUUGUAUAUGGUGUAUUUUGUUGGUAAUUAUUUUGGUACUUCUGAGAUGUAUAUUUAUUAAACAGAUUUUU